AUGCGCAACAAGCUCAUGAAGAGUCGGCCACAUUUGGAUCAGAAGCCGCCCUUCUCAACCCAUCGGAACGACCAACACAAGUGUGCUAAAGAUCUCUCGUCAGCGAUCGUCGUCCCGAUAGAAAAUUCACCAGCCGCAGCAUCAGCUGCGACACCAACCAAGCCAUCGCCGAGCAAGGCACCGAGCCCCUCGCAUGAGCGCCCCUCGCCCAGGCCAACCCUAAUAUCUCAGGCCGCCUGCGAAGGCACAACCAACGCGACCAUGUCUCGAACCACGACAGGCGAGGCCAACGGAAAAGCGGCUCCUUCCACAACCUCUUCUUUGCUGUCGCCUCGCAUCCCAAACCGAAUGAACUCGACGAUCCGGACGGUACCUAGUUUUGACGACAGGCAAGCAUACCCAGAGGAUGAUUCCAGCAUAGACGGGGUGCAAUCACAUUCAACAUCGCGGGAUUCAGGUUUCUCGAGUUCCCUCAAUAGCACCACCAGCAUGGGGUCAGCACACUCUCAGCAGCGGGCGCAAGCACCGUCAGGCGGGAUAUCUCGAAUCCCGUCGCAUAAUAAGUUGAAGCCGAGCCCCUCGGGAGCCUCGCAGGAUAACGGAGACGGUACUCCUGAUGGUACACCGAAGACUUCGCGAACGAUUCCAAGCUCUGCCGAAAUUCCCCCGCGAGAAAGCAGCCUCAACGCAUCAUCAAUACUAGCGCCCACCAUAACCAGCACCGACCCCGGCGGCGGCGGUGUCGGCGGCGGAUCCAGCGCGAACGACGUUUCCCUCUCGGCAACGGAAGCUAACACCUCCAACUCCUGGGACAGCUCGGUCGGCAAGGCCGGGCUCGGCAAGACGGGCCGCGUUAUCAACCGGCUGGUGUCGGACAACGAGGCGCUCAAGCGCGACAUCCAAAUCGAGCGGCUCCGCGCUGAGGAGUCGCGCAACGCCGCCCGCCUGCUCGAGGACAAGCUGGAGCGCGUCAUAUCGGACUACGAAUCGCGCCUGCUGGAGGCCAGCGUCACCAAGACCCUGCUCGCGCGCAAGGAGCGCCAGGUCGAGUCGCUGCAGGACGCGGUGGAGCUGGAGCGCAAGCGGGCGCUCGACGCGGCGGCGCGGGAGCGCGUCUGGAAGGACGAGAUGGAGAAGACGAAGGCGGAUGCCAAGAGGCGGGUUGACGACGCGACGAACUAUGCAGCGUUGUGCGAGGGGCGGUAUAAUGCCAUUAGUAGUCACUGGAAGGACCAGGGGGAGGAGGUGAAGCGGGCGAUGGGGAGGAUGAGGGCGGAGGUGGAGGAGCUGGUCGGGGAGAGGGAGAAGGACGAUGAGAAGAUUGAGACGCUACGGGAGCUGUGCGAUCAGCAGGACGGGAAUAUACGCGAGCUGAGGAGGCAGAAGGAGGAAAUUGCCGCGCAGUUUGAGAGGUAUAAGAAGCAGCAGGAGGAGGAUCUCAGGGAUAUCAAGAGGCGGGCGGACGAGAGGGAACGGGAGCAGGAGCGCACACUAAGGGAGGCGAGGGAGGUGCUGGAUAAGCUCCGGUGGGCGCUGAGCGUCAAGGAGAAGAUCGAGUGGGCUCAGUGA